UCAGCAGCAACAGCUCUAGUCUCUGUUGAUUCUCAACAAAAGUUAAACUACUCAACGGCGGACUUAAACAUGAUUGCUUCUCAGAGACGUGUUCUCACCGACGGUCCCGUGGCGGUUCUCUGGGACAUUGAGAACUGCCCCGUUCCUAGCGACGUGCGUCCUGAAGAUGUGGCUAGUAACGUAAGAACGGCUAUUCAGUUGCAUCCUUUGAUAUCAGGUCCAGUGGUUACAUUCUCAGCUUAUGGUGAUUUCAAUGGGUUUCCUCGUCGUGUUAGAGAAGGUUGUCAAAGAACUGGUGUGAAGCUUGUUGAUGUACCAAACGGUAGGAAAGAUGC